AUGAAAAACGUGAUCAAAGCUGUGAAGAAACUGAGGUUGUGGUCCAAAAAGAAAAGAAAGAAGAAGAGGCAUGAGCAUGAACCACACUACUGUUGCUGCUCUUGUUCCUCAUCCAACACCCAGCCAUCAGCUCCACCCUUACCUUCUUCGUGGAUUCAUAUUGAAGAACACAGCUAUGGAACAUUCUUGCCGCAGACGGAAGUGGCCCAACCGCACGAUCCCAGCACUGUCAGCUGCACCCGAAACUCAUCAACAUAUCACCACUAUAUGACAGAACCUGUUUAUGGGAUUCCAGUUCCAGCAAUUCAUACAGCCACAAUACGUGAAAGAGAAAGGUCAAGUGGUCAAUUUGGACGUGUUUGUAGAUUUGGUUCUUAUGUGUUUCGCUGCUUAUUUCCAUGUUUUCAAAUCUGA